AUGGCCAGUAAGCUAACCUUUUUCUUACUAGUUGUAUGGACUCUCCUGGGAUGUGUUUUGACGAAUCCUGUGAAUGAGGAUCCUGCUGCUGCAGCAACACUAGAUGAUGUGGCUGAUUUUGGUGGUCAGCAAGCGAAGGAGGGCGAUAGACCAGCUCGAUGGCUGAGCGGAGGUUGGGGAGGCGGCUGGAAUACAGGAUGGGGAGGAGGAUGGAGUGGCAGCUGGAAUGGAGGAUGGAAUGGAGGCUGGAACAGUGGAUGGAGUAAUUCCUACAGCCCCUGGAGAAGCAGCUAUAGUAGUUAUUGGUGGUAG